AAAGCAACGGGCAAAACCUCCACAUUGUCGUCAUCUAGGUUUUGCGAAGCUUUGCGGAUGAUGACAAUACUAUGUUCUCACUCAAGCUUCCGCUUCAUGCCCGAUGCUUCACUCUUUAAUUUCUUCUAGAGCCCAACUUCUCUUUUAGUCUGUCGCGCGCGCCAUUUGGCUCGAUUACAAGGCCCGGGGGCAGGCUUUUGCUUGGAGUCAGUACGAAGGAGAGAGCUAGAGUGAGAUGCCCAAGGUACGCACCAAUCGGACGGUGUAUCCCGAGGGAUGGGAGCUCAUCGAGCCUACUCUGCGCGAACUAGAAACUAAAAUGCGUGAAGCUGAGAAUGAAACCCAUGAGGGUAAGAGAAAAUGUGAGGCAUUGUGGCCCAUAUUCAAAAUUUCACAUCAAAAGAGUCGUUAUAUUUACGAUCUCUUUUACAGGCGGAAGGCCAUUACAAGAAAGCUAUUCGACUUCUGCUUAGAACAAGGCCACGCGGACAAGAAUUUAAUUGCCAAAUGGAAGAAAUCUGGUUACGAGCGCUUGUGUUGUUUGCGGUGUAUUCAACCCCGUGAUCACAACUAUGGAACAACAUGUGUAUGCCGGGUGCCCAAGCAUCUGCGAGAAGAGAAGGUUAUCGAAUGCGUGCAUUGUGGUUGUCAUGGCUGUGCAAGUGGAGACUAAUUAUGUAGGUGAUUCGGUUGUCUUGCUUAUGAUCAGUUUAAAAACAAAUAGGUUAGGAUUUCUGUACAGUUUGUGACUUUCAUGUAUCCUCAAUUUUGGCGAAGCAAGACUAAUAUGUCACUGAGGCCAGCGGCAUGGAAAGUGUUAGAUUUUAGAAUUCCCAGAGCCUCCAAUUUUGCGGGCAGGUAGUCAGGCAUGGAAAGUGUUAGCUUGUAGAAUUCCCAGAGCCUUUAAUUUUGCGGGCAGGUAGUCAGGCAGGAAGAUUUAUAUUUGUGAUGUGUGGCAGUAGUUCCUGCCAAGUAAUCUUACAUCAUGAUUCUUACUUAAGCUGCUUGUUAAUUCUCCAGCUUUA